AUGAAACUUAAGAUAGCAUGUGUUCAGAUCAACCCGAAGAUUGGACAUGUUGAGUCUAACAUCAAAAAGAUUCAGCAGAUUUUAGGCAAAUUACAUGGCGUCGAUUUAGUGAUGCUUCCCGAAUUUGCCAUCACUGGCUACAACUUCCCAGAUAGAAAGGCGAUAGAGCCAUAUUUGGAAUUUACGACUAGCGGACGCUCUACACAGUUGGCAAAGGAAAUCCUGACCAAGUUUGAGUGCUUCACGAUGAUCGGGUACCCAGAAAAGGACAAGGAACAAGACUACAAUAUAUAUAAUUCGGCUGUAUUAACCGGCCCCAACGGAAGCGUAUUAUACAACUACCGAAAAACGUUUCUAUAUGACACAGAUGUAGCGUUUGGAUGCCAGGAAAAUCCCGAUAAACAAUUUACUCCCUUACGUUUGGUGCUCGAUAAAGAGUACUACUUGAACAAGCAGCCGAAUAAGGAAUACCCAGCCGUGACCACAAACUUCGGAAUAUGUAUGGACAUCAAUCCAUACCAAUUCACCGCUCCGUUCAAUAAGUUCGAGAUGUCGUUGGCAUGUUUUGCCAAUAAAGCUACUCUUAUUCUAUGUCCAAUGGCUUGGUUAUCUACUAAGUCCCCGUCUAUCAGCGAAUCGGGUGACAAGACGCACCAAAGCGAAAUGUACGAGCAGAAAUUUUUUUCCCACAACAAUGCUCCUGCUUAUAAUGUUGGAGCGAUCUCGCGAGAUAACUACUCGAACCAUCUUGUCGAGCAGCACGAACUACAUGAUAAGCCUUUUGUGCCCCAGAACCCCGACUACUCCAUUAUUAACUACUGGAUUUUGCGCUUUUUCCCUUUUUUGAAUCACCCCAGCAACCAGUUGGCCAAGUACUAUAAAUCCGUAACGGUAGUCGCUUGCAAUCGCGUCGGUAUCGAAUCCGACGUGCUUUACGGAGGCUCGUCCUCCAUAUUUCAGUUCUCUGAUACCCCUGGAAAUUACGAAGUCGACAAUCGAAACCCAAGUGUAGUGGUGAAGGGAUCCUUGGGCCAAGGUGAGGAAGGGGUUCUAGUGCGGGAAAUAGAUAUAGACGUGUAA